AGGUGGGCCGAGGAGACCGAGGGCUGGACGUGGUACACCUGGCUGAGCUUCUACAUUCCCUUCUUUGGCUGGAUCCGCACCUACCAGUGGAGGAACUGGCUGCUGUGGGAUGUUGCCGCCGGCCUGUCCACCGGCGCCAUGGUCAUCCCCCAGGGCAUGUCGUACGCCAACCUGGCGGGCCUGCCCUACGCCUUUGGCUUGUACGGCGCCUUUGUUCCCUGCAUCGUGUAUGCCUUCUUUGGGACAUCCAGGCAGCUGGUUGUUGGUCCUGUGGCGGUCACCUCCAUCCUGCUGGGCAACGGCCUGUCCGACUUCAUGCCGUCUGAGGAGGACCCCAACAACCCGGUGGACGCCCAGGUCCAGGAGAACUACAACCACGCCGCCAUCCAGAUUGCCUUCAUCGCCGGCUGCUUCUACUUUGCCUUCGGCCUGUUCCGCAUGGGCUGGAUCACCAACUUCUUGUCGAGCGCCAUGAUCUCUGGCUUCAUGUCUGGCGCCUCCAUCAUCAUCGCCCUGUCCCAGGCAAGCACCAACUGGGCUGGCGUCAAGUACAUUCUGGGCCUGAAGAUCCCUCGCACCGACACCCUCCAGGACUCUCUGGACGAGCUGUUCAGCAACCUGAGCCAGUUCAAGUGGCGCGAGUUCUGCAUGGGCAUGUCCUUCAUCUUCCUGCUGCUCGCCUUCCAGUACCUGUCCCGCACCUACAAGCGGAUGGCUUACCUCAAGGCGCUGGGCCCGCUCACCGUGUGCGUCAUCUCCAUCGCCCUCAUGAACAUCUUCAACUGGUAUGAGCCCAAGGACAAGCCCUACAUCAAGCCCAUCGGCAACAUCCCCAGCGGCCUGCCCAGCUUCACCGGCAGCUGGUGGCUGCCCCUGUUUGACGUUGGCCGCCAGAUGACGCUGGCUGUGCUCAUCUGCAUGAUCGAUGUGUGCGAGUCCAUCUCCAUUGCCAAGGCGCUGGCCAAGGUGAACAAGUACCAGCUCAACUUCACCCAGGAGCUGCGCGGCCUGGGCAUUGCCAACAUCGCGGGCGCCCUGUUCAGCGCCUACACCACCACCGGCUCCUUCUCCCGCUCCGCCGUCAACAACUCUGUCGGCGCCCAGACCCCUCUGGCCAACAUGACCACCGGCCUGAUGAUCAUGGUGACCCUGCUGUGGAUCACCCCGGUGUUCAAGAACAUGAGCCAGAACGUGCAGGGCGCCAUCAUCAUUGUGGGCGUGCUGCAGCUGUUUGACUACCCCGAGUUCCUGUACCUGUGGAAGAUCAACAAGUUUGACUGGCUCGUCUGGGUGGCCUGCUUCCUCACCACCCUGUUUGCAGGCGUGGAGAUCGGUAUCGCCGUUGGCGUGGGCCUGUCGCUGGUGGUGGUGAUCUACAAGGUUGCCUUCCCACGCAUCACCCAGCUGGGCCGCCUGCCAGGCACCAACAUCUACCGCAGCGUGCGCAUGUACCCUGAUGCUGAGCCCACCCGUGGCGUGCUGAUGCUGCGCAUUGACGCGCCGCUGUGGUUCGCUGCCAUCGAGUAUGUGCGCAAUGAGGUGCAGCGGCGCCGGGCAGAAGACAAGCAGUCUGGCGACCCCGUUCGUGUUGUUGUGCUCGAUUUGGCGCCCGUCACUGAUGUGGAUGCCACUGGCAGCCACUUCCUGGACGACUUGGUGGACGAGCUUAACGAUGAUUCCAUCAAACUGGUGCUGGGCAACCCCUCGCAGCAGGCAAGUGGCGGGCCUGGACCAGUCGCCCCUUUCCAUCUUUGCCAUCCAUGCUUUUUUUUCCUUCCUUCCAACCCAACACUUCUGCAUGCGCUGAUAGGUUGUGCUGUCCCCUUCCGUGCCCACCUGCAGGUGCUGCUGGCGCUCAAGCGCGCAAGCCUGGAUCGCAAGAUUGGGCGGCAGAACAUACAUGUCAACAUGGCUGACGCCGUGGCGCAUGCAGCCGCCCUUGCGCAGGCCCACAACAAGACUGAGCCGGUGGAGGCUGUGUGA